AGAUUUUGUUUUGAAAAUGUUACUUACGUUUUCCGGAUAGACGAUGUUUCAAUUUUCCAAGAACUCGUGUGUUCGUGUGAAAAAACAUCAUACACGCGCGACUCGUUGUGUAAACCGCCUGUUGCCAGGAUGGUCCUUCCUGAAACAGUAAAAGAUUCUCAGUCGAGCUCAAAGUCCUCUUCUCGACCAACGACAGGUCCGCCUCUUGAUCUUUCUUUCAAAUGUAUGCUCAGUUCAAGCGAUAUAGCUGAUGAGGCAGAGACGCACACUCAGCCAAAUCUUGUAAGAUCACAGAAUGGCAAAGCAAUCUGCAACGCGAUUCGUAUGAACAACAAUUCCCUGAAUGAUAUCAACGGUCUGGACAAAACAAUGGCGGAUAUUGUAGACAACCCUGACGAAAUCGCAUGGAUAGAUCUUUCUUUUAAUGAGCUAAACACGAUUGACAAGGUGCUUACACUUUUCAAGAACGUGCGUGUGUUGUACCUGCAUGGAAACACAAUCGAGAAAAUACAAGAAGUUCAGAAGCUUUCGUCGCUUCCACACCUGCGAAGUUUAACUUUGCAUGGAAACCCGAUUGAAACAGAGAGGGGUUAUCGACAGUAUGUGUUGUCUGUGUUGCCCGGUCUCCGCACACUAGACUUCAGUGGUGUAACCAAACAAGAUCGCUCUGGUGCCCUCACGUGGAGCGCGAUGAACAAGAAGACCCGACGCCGGAAGAAUUCAACUUCCUGAACGAAGCUUGCCCAUUUUUACAUUAGAGCAGUAUCUUAUAUUUGUGCAGAUAUUUUACCUAUAUUGCGAAUAGCUCAAUCGUAGUGCAAUUAUACUUUUUAGCCCGCUAUUACACAAACUACC